CAAAACAAAUCCUGACGUUUAAAAUUCAGAGUCCAAAAGCUUCGUGCUGCGCUUCCCAACAAAAUCUCCGAAUGGACACGGACGUAAUCCAGAAGCUGGCCCUCGCCGUCGACCCACCGGACGAGGACUUCGAUCCGGACCUGCAGCCGGAGACGGGCGAGCAGUACCUGCAGAAGGUAAUGUACGAGCGCAAAAAGUGUCCCUCCGUGGUCGUGGUCAGACCGAGCUCGAAACGGCGCCUGCAAGCCUCCGGCAGUGGGAUCGUUCCGGCCAGCUCGGUCCGCAACCGUGCGCACCGAAUGCUGAUUCCGACCAAGGAGUGGGAAGCGAUGCAGAUUCAAAAGUUUGCCGAACUGAGAGACACCAUCACCGGCUACCGGAACAGCGCCCAGUACCAGGAAAAUUUGCAGCGGACGCAGAUCUUUCUGUGCUUUGAAAAUCGGAAGCAGCUGCACGAGUACUGUGCCAACAACCAGCCCUUUGUGCGGAUUCUGCUGAGCAUCCCUCAGCGGAACCUGGAGAUUCUGCUCGAGUAUUUGUUUGAGUGGCUUCAGGGCGACGGCGAAUCGCAGCAGGAAGAAUCGGGUGGGACCGCGGUGGCAGCCAGCAGCGAAUGGAUCACCCAGUGGAUCUAUGCCAUUCUGGCCUGUAUCAUCACGCCGCUCGAGCCGUACGUGCACAGCGUCCUGCGGGAUAUCGCCAAGACGUGCAUCGCGGCCCGGAACGAGCUGACCGCCGAGGACGAGCUGAAGGUAUUGCCGUUGAAUUUGCUUAUUUGUAUUAUCUCGAAAAACUUUCAUCAGCUCGAUCUGAGUGAUAAUAGUGCGCUGUGAGGGGAGAGUGUGGCCAUUGUUCUUUACUAUUUUUUGUAUACUUA